GCAGGGCGCCCAGGCAGUCAGGAGGGGAGUGCGCGGAGAUCACAGGGGCGCCGCGCCGGGGCCUGACCCGGAAGGGCUGGCGCGUGGUAACCGGCUUCCCUAGCAACCGAGCAGGCGCGAGUCCUAACCCGCCGGCCCAGCGGCUGCGUCCGCCUCCCGCGAUGCCGCUGCAGGUGAGCGAUUACAGCUGGCAGCAGACGAAGACUACGGUCUUUAUCUCUGUGCCCCUCCGAGGCGUCUGCGUCCGAGAUGCGGACGUGUUCUGCACGGAAAACUAUCUGAAGGUCAGCUUUCCUCCAUUUUUGUUUGAGGUGUUUCUCUACGCUCCUAUAGACGAUGAGAGCAGCAAAGCCAAGAUUGGGAAUAACACUAUUAUUUUCACCUUACAUAAAAAAGAAGCGGCCAUGUGGGAGACCCUUUCAGUGUCAGGUGUUGACAAAGAGAUGAUGCAAAGAAUAAGAGAGAAAUCUAUUUUACAAGCCCAAGAAAGAGCAAAAGAAGCUACAGAAGCAAAAGCUGCAGCAAGGCGGGAAGAUCAAAAAUACACACUAAGUGUCAUGAUGAAGAUUGAAGAAGAGGAGAGAAAAAAAAUAGAAGAUAUGAAAGAAAAUGAACGGAUAAAAGCAACUAAAGAAUUAGAAGCCUGGAAAGAACAUCAAAGAAAAGCUGAAGAACAAAAAAGAUUUCAGAGAGAAGAGAAAUCACAUCAACAAGAAAAACGAAUUGAAGAAGAGGGGAAAAAAUUAAAACAUAAAAGUCUUACUAAAAAUUCAGCAUCUAGAAAUCUUGCUACAAAAGGGAGAAACUCAGAAAAUAUAUUUUUUGAGAAGUUAAAGGAAGACAGUAUUCCUGCUCCUCGCUCUGUUGGCAAUAUUCAAAUCAGCUUUACCCCUCGAGUAUUCCCAACUGCUCUCCGAGAAUCACAGGUAGCAGAAGAGGAGGAGUUCUGGAGGCUGGCAAGUCCGAGAUCAGGGUGCUGGCAUGGAGGAUGGAGGUGGCUACACAAACAAGCAGAGGCACAAAGAGCAAUGAAUACUGAUAUUCCUGAACUUUGUGAUUUAAAAGAAGAAGAAAAGAACCCAGAAUGGUUGAAGGAAAAAGGAAAUAAAUUAUUUGCAACAGAAAACUAUUUUGCAGCUAUUAAUGCAUACAACUUAGCCAUAAGACUAAAUAAUAAAAUUCCACUAUUGUAUUUGAAUCGGGCUGCUUGCCACCUAAAGUUAAGAAACUUACACAAGGCCAUCGAAGAUUCUUCUAAGGCGCUGGAAUUAUUGACACCACCUGUUGCAGCCAAUGCUAAUACAAGAAUGAAGGCGCAUGUACGACGUGGGACAGCAUUCUGCCAACUAGAAUUGUAUGUAGAAGGCCUACAGGAUUAUGAAGCUGCACUGAAGAUUGAUCCAUCCAACAAAAUUGUACAAAAUGAUGCUGAGAAGAUUCGGAAUAUAAUUCAAGGAACAGAACUAAAAUGUUAAUGACUACUAGAAGCAACAAGGUAUUGUAAUAGGUAUUAAGUUUUUCGAAAAUAACUAUAGACAUUUGAAGUAUUUGUACAUAUUAUGGCUAAUUGUGCAGAAUCACUUUCUCUUUUGUACUUUAGCUCUGUAGAGGGUAAAAUAUUAUAAAUCUAUGGAAAAGAGUAUGUUUGACUUGAAUGGUGUCUGAAUUAGUAAAUCAAAAUAAGAAAAUCUAUUUUAAUUCUUCUUGAUUUUUAGAUAUAACUUAAUUAUAUAUAUAUUUUGUUAUGAAUUCAACUAGCCCUCAUAACUAACAAAAUAUUUUUGGCAUGAUGAUUACCAGGACACUUACUGAUUUAUUUUUAACAAGGUAGAAUUUUUAAAUAAAAGAUUGUGUUUAUAAAGUAUUUUUGUUUGUAGUAAAUAUACUAUUUAAUUGUCUGAAUAGUUGACCUUGGUAUAAUCAAUACUGAUGUUUUCACUUAGUUCCCAAAUGUGCAAAAUCUUUUUUUUUUUCUUUAACAUGCCUCUGCCACCUGUUGUUUGAAGAUAGAUCAGUUCAACCUAUCAAAACAGCUGUUUAGAAAAGCUUAUCUUCAACUUCAAACACCAUCUGGGGAAGAUAAGUUUUCUAGUAAGAUUGUUUUCUAGUACCUUCAAGUACACCAAAAAAAAAAAAAAAAAGCAAAAGGUAAAAUGUGAAUUUAGGAUAUUAUGUUAUUGGCAUUGGAUUGCACCACUAUUGGUGUUGGAUCACUGUGGUGAUGCAAGCAUUAAGCGAAAACAGUACAACUUCCCUUUUUAUAGGAAAACAAAACUGGGAAAAGUUUUUACAGUUUUUGAUCAUCUGAUGUCAUUCAAGAUGACUAUGGAUUAUAACACAGCCUUGUUUUUCUUUUUUAAAGCAAGGCUUUUUUGAACGUGUAAGUGUAUCCUAGUUCAGCAACCUUGAAACUUUUACUUCUACAAAUCAACUUUUGAUAACUUCUGUAGCAGUCCUGUCCAGUUAUCAGAACUUCUGAUGUGUUAGGCUUGCUUUUUCUUAUAAUCAUCCCUGGUUUGUUUGUUUGCUUGUUUUUAUUUUAAAAAAUAAAUGUCACCAAAAUGAAGGAAGUCUUUUAAUGUGUCAAAUACCAGUUUGACAUUCAAAAUAUAUUAACUAACCCAGUCUUUCUUCAGGCUCUUCCUGUUACCAUCCCAAACAGGAAACAAAAGACUGUGCCCAUUAGCUUGGAGGAGGUAGAAGGUAUCCAUGUAAGAAACAUCUAAACCAGUAAAGAAUUGUUAUGAGUUUACUUGAGCCAAACUCACAGCAUAUACCGAGAGCAAGAUCUCAAAUGCUUCAGAGAAUAUAG